AUGUUCAUCUUUUCUGAUGGGCAAGCUAAUAUUGGACUGAAAACAAGAGGUGAACUCACAAACCUGGUUGCUGGAUACAAUAAAAAAGGAAUCAUAACUGAUUCAUUUGGGAUUGGUGCUGAUUUCGAUGCCGAGAUUAUGAAGGGUAUUGCUGACUCUGGUGGAGCUAAAUUUUUCUUUCUUGAAUCAGCUCAAGUAAUUGAAUCACUAGUAACGAAGGCUCUUAUGAGCGUGUUUACUGUAUGUGGAUCCCAAGCUCGUCUUAUUGUACGCGGUCAAAAUGGUGCCGUUGUGACAAAGAUCUGGGGUCAUGAGAAUAUUGUCGCUGGUGCGAGCCUUGGAGAUCUUCAUAGUAAUAACAUGCGAUCGAUUCUUUGCGAAUUCACGACUGCUGGAACAGCGAAGUCUAGUGAAGCAGAAGUUGAGACUCUCGUGUAUGAGCUGAGGUAUAAUCAACCACAUGAACCCAAUGGUGAAGCAACAGUGAUAAAAGGCACACUCUUCCUCAAGUUUGUGGAAGAUGAGUCGCUCGUUACAGAGAUCGAUCCUCGAGUGAAGUGCAUGCAUACUAUUCAAAUGGCUGCCGAUAUGGAUUCAAAAAUCGCGCAACUGGUGAAGGAAGGCAAGACUAAAGAAGCCGUUGAUCUGGUCACUCAACAAAUCGCGCUGCUCAAAGAUGCUGAGAGCUCUGACGAUGAGAAAGGAAUGAUUCGGACAUUGAUUCGAAUGGCUGAAAAUAUGUACAAUAGGCUUAAGGACGAAAGUGUAGACAGACAGAUUAUUUAUCAUGGAUACCAACAUCAGAGUUACUUGAAAAGACAGACUUCUUGCGAAUACAUGGAACACUAUGAUAAUUCUGAUUAG